CAUCUGUUAAAGGAAGAAUUCUUCCUCUUAGGACUGCAAUGAAAAGAAACAAGAAAAAUGAUACUGAAGAAGUGAGAGAUGAACAGAAAACAGGUUUUACAUUUAACAUUGUUCAAAGUUUUUUCAUGGAAUGUUCAUUUGGUUAUCAUAAAAUGUUAUGUUUGUUUGGAUAAAAAUUCUUUCUGUUUUUAUCUCAUACAGUUAUUCAAAGUUUUUGGUUAUAUGUACAAAGUUUUUCUCCAUCAUGUUCAAAAUUUUUCUAUAUUAAGUUCAAAGUUUUCUGCAUUAUGUUCCAAGUUUUUUAUCAUAUGUUCAAAUUUUUUGGACAUAUGUUAAAAUUUACAAUUAUUCAAAGUUUUUUGGUCAUAUGUUCAAACAAUUUUACUAUUUUGUUCUAUUCAAAGGACUUGCAAAAGUCAUAGUUCAAGGGAAAAGGAAAAUGAAAGAUAGUUUGAAAAAAAGAAAGGAACAAGAAGAAGAGGUUCAAGAAGAAGAGGAAUUAGAGGGAGAUAACGAAGAGGAGGAAUGAGAGGAGGAAGAGAAAAAUGAGGAAGAAGAGGAAGAAGAUGAGGAAGAUGAGGAAGACGGAGAAUGGGAAGAAGAAGAAGUGAAAGAACAAAAAAAGAUGAAAAAAGAGCAAACAGUACCGGUGAAGGAUAGGUUGCUUAUGUUCGAAAAACAAAGACAAAAAAUAGCAUCAAAAAGAACAACACCAAAAGAAAACCUACCUGCUGAAAAGAAAAGAAAGAGGAAAAUAACUGAUGAGGAUUGUGAAGUGAAGGAAGAGAAUGAAAAUGAUGAUAUUCACAAUUCAGAAAACGGCUUCCCCUUUGGCGAUGAUUACCAAAGAAGUUCCUGCAAGAAAGAAAGCAAAGAAAACAAUCGCUAUUUACAAGGAGAAAGUAGAAGAAGAAGAGGAAGAAAAAACUGGAGUUAGAGGAGGACAUGAAAAAUUCAUCACUUUCAUUUCCAUGAUGAAUGAACAGAAGAAGGAGGCCGUUCGGAAUAUUGGUCUAGGAGCAUUGCUAGAUUUUCAGCUACCUACUUCAUCCCAACAAUUUGUUACAUGGCUGUGUAACAACUUUGAGGAAAACAACCAAUAUCUUUAUCUGCCAAAGAAUGAGAAAAUUCUGAUAGAAUUUGAGGACGUGAAAAAGAUAUAUGGUCUUCCUAGCGGUGAAGUAGACAUAGUUGAGGCAAAGUCUGACAAGGCUA